AUGAGUUCCAAAAGUAUCAAGUCUGCAGUCCACCUGGAGUCUGCGCACAUGCCGAGUGUGGGUGUGAAUACACCACUCGACAUAGAGCCAAAAGAACAUGGAGGUCCAAAAACCGCUGAAGACGGCUGUACAGUCUUUGUUCCGCAGCCUUUGAACAGUCCCGACGACCCGUUGAAUUGGAGCUCGUACAAAAAGAAUGCAGUAUUGGGAGUCGUUAUUGCAUGCUCGUUCCUCCCUGAUUAUGGCAGUGUUACUGGAGCUGUGACAUUAACGCUUCAAGCCAAGGAAUAUGGGAAUUCCCCAGACACCGUGAACCACUCUCAGUCGGGCAAUCAGUUCAUGGUAGGUGCAGGGGGUACCGUAGCCGUCAUGCUAUCUGCCUACUUUGGCCGACUGCCGGUGUUGUUCUGGUUUAUGGUUGCUGCAUUUGCUACAGCUGUUGGCCAAGCAAAUGCCCAUGGAUUCAUCGGGUUUUUCGUACCCCGUGUUAUGAAUGGUUUCUUCUCGGGCGUUGCACAGGGGGGCGGAUUGAUGUUCAUUAAAGAUUUAUUCUUCCAUCACGAACAAGCGCGCAAGAUCAACCUCUGGCAGUCAUGCGUUAUUCUAUCCCCAUUUAUGGGACCACUGCUGGCCUCAUUUAUGACUAUCCAGCUUUCCUGGCGCUGGCCAUUUCAUAUCUACUCUAUCUUGACGGGUCUUGCUUUGGUCAGUGUGAUCAUAUUCGGUCGAGAGACGUAUUACAAUCGAAACCGCCCGCAGUCCGAACCCCGGAGUGCUCGUUCCGAGUGGCGGGAGUUGGUGGGGGUUGAGCAGUGGCAGACCAACCGGCUUGGAAAUACAUUUGUACAGGCUAUGCUUCGGUCAUUCCGGAUCCUCAAGAAGCCUGUCGUGGUGCUAGUAAACGUAUACUACGUUUGUAUUUUUGCAUGGCUCAUCGCAAUCAACGCGACCCUUCCUAUGUUCCUGACGGAGCUGUACGGCUUUGGUUCGAAGCAGAUUGGAUUCAUGUACCUUGCCCCGGUUGUCGCCGCCAUAAUCGCCUACCUAUGUGGCCACUGGCUCCACGAUCUGCUCGCCCACGUCCACACGAAACGGAACGACGGUAGAUUCAACCCCGAGUCACGAUUAAUCAUAGUAUGGUUCGCCAUUCCAUUCAUGAUUUCAGGCCUGAUUAUCGUCGGAUUCGCCCUCCAACGCCAGUGGCAUUACAUGCUAGUUGCGCUAGGCUGGGGCUGCUAUACCUUCGGCGUGAUUGUCAAUUCGGCCAGCGUCAACAUGUAUCUGCUGAACUCGUACCCAGAAGCCAGCCCCGAAGUCGGCAUGUGGAUCAACUUCUCCCGGACGGCGGGGGGGUUCAUCAUCAGCUAUUUCCAGGUGGAGUGGGUUGCCCGAGUGGGUGCGGAGAUAACGUUUGGCACGCAGGCUGCGGUGUGUCUGGCGGUGUUUUUGAUUAUUGUGGUGCUGCAGCUGUUCGGCGAGCGACUCCGGGGUUGGGGCGGCGAAUUGAACUUUGGCUGA